CUAUGUAUUCCAUUUCUAUCUACAUAUUCUGCACCAGGCUUCGCGCAUGCUCUGUGAAUCAUUAGCUACCCACUCAAUAUUGCAACAAGACUGAAAUAAUUCAAACGGUUCAAGAUGACGUCAUGGAGCGACCGCUUACAGAACUUUGCAGACCUCCCAGCCAACAUGGACGGCUUGGCCAUGAAGAAGUAUCGGCGUGAGGCCUACCACAGAGUUUUUGUGAACAGAAGCUUGGCAAUGGAGAAGAUUAAGUGCUUUGGUUUUGAUAUGGACUACACUCUGGCAGUGUAUAAAUCACCUGAGUACGAGUCGCUGGGAUUUGACCUGACCGUGGAACGUCUCAUCCACAUCGGUUACCCACAGGAGCUGCUCAACUUUGUCUACGACCCCGCUUUCCCCACCAGAGGCCUGUUGUUUGACACAAUGCACGGGAAUCUGCUCAAGGUCGACGCAUACGGCAACAUCCUGGUCUGUGCCCACGGCUUCAACUUCAUGAGGGGGCCUGAGAUCAGGGAGAUGUACCCCAACAAGUUUAUCCAGCGUGGAGACACUGACCGCUUCUACAUUCUGAACACACUGUUCAACCUCCCUGAAACCUACCUCUUUGCUUGUCUGGUUGAUUUCUUCACCAACUGCCCCAAAUACACAAGCUGCGAGACUGGCUUUAAGAAUGGAGACCUCUUCAUGUCCUACAAGAGCAUGUUCCAGGAUGUCCGUGAUGCUGUGGACUGGGUCCACUUGAAGGGAUCUUUGAAAGAAAAAACGGUGGAAAACCUGGAAAAGUAUGUGGUCAAGGAUGGGAAGCUCCCUCUACUCCUGAGUCGGAUGAAUGAAGUGGCCAAGGUGUUCCUGGCCACCAACAGUGACUACAAGUACACAGAGAAAAUAAUGACAUACCUGUUUGACUUCCCCCAUGGUCCAAAGGUGGGAAUGCCCCAUCGGCCCUGGCAGUCCUACUUUGACCUGAUCUUAGUAGAUGCCCGCAAACCCGUGUUCUUCGGAGAGGGGACAGUGCUACGGCAGGUCGACACAACCACAGGCCGGCUGAAGAUUGGCACAUACACAGGACCGCUGCAGCACGGCAUCGUGUACUCUGGAGGUUCCUCUGACAUAGUGUGUGACCUGCUGGGGGCCAAAGGGAAGGACAUAGUAUACAUUGGGGACCACAUCUUUGGGGACAUCCUCAAGUCCAAAAAACGCCAGGGAUGGAGGACCUUCUUGGUGAUCCCUGAACUGGCUCAGGAGCUGCACGUGUGGACUGACAAGAGCUCUCUGUUUGAGGAGCUCCAGUCUCUGGACAUCUUCCUGGCAGAGCUCUAUAAAAAUCUUGACAGCAGCAGCAACGAGAGACCUGAUAUCAGUUCCCUCCAGCGCAGGAUCAAGAAAGUGACCCAUGACAUGGACAUGUGCUAUGGGAUGAUGGGCAGUCUGUUCCGCAGUGGCUCCAGACAGACUCUGUUUGCGUCACAGGUGAUGCGCUAUGCUGACCUGUACGCUGCCUCCUUCAUCAACCUCCUCUACUACCCAUUCAGCUACCUGUUCAGAGCAGCACACGUACUGAUGCCCCAUGAGUCGACGGUUGAGCACGCCCACGUGGACAUCAACGAUACCGAGUCGCCCCUGGCAACGCGUAACCGCCACUCCGUGGACCUGUUGGAGUUAGACUGUAAGAGGCACCAGCUGACCCGCUCCAUAAGUGAGAUCCAGCCCCCAAACCUGUUCCCACAGACCCCCCAGGAGAUCACCCACUGCCACGACGAGGAUGAUGACGAGGAAGAGGAAGAGGAGGAAGAGUAAGCGGGGAGAGGAGGCUCGCCAAAGGGUAGACUUUUACUUUAGGGACAGAUCUAGGAUCAGUUUAGUGUCUAGUGGCAAAUUCCUACUACUCCAGGAGGUGUAUAGCGCGUAGUGUUGUGUAGCUAGCUAGGUAACUGAAUGUCCCCAGCAAAGGGAUUGGAGAGGCUCAGUAAGUGUCAGGAUUAGGGUAAGGGUUACACAGAUUUUAGUUGUACCGUUUGUAUAUAUUUCUCAGCACAGGCUAUGUAAAUGUUGUUUGUUUUGUUCUUUUUGCUUGGUGAAGUUUCCAGAGAAGUUUCCAGAUGGAGCUCUUCGGACCACACCUAAGAGACUGAUGGUGACUUGGCCCCCCUAUAGCAUGCCUGCACUGACCUGGCAUCAUUAUGCAGUCAGUAUCACAUACAUGAGCCGUGCACGCAUAGUCUUUAAAACCCCACCCUAGGCAACACAGUGACUAGGGUCUGGUUUCAAUGGUGGACUCUUUUGGCAUAGAGCAGGGAUGGGCCACUUUGAUUGGUGUGGGGGCCACAUGAGGUGCCGUUUUUCGCAGGUCUGCAUACUCACAUGUGCAUAGCCCUUUUCCCACCACAAUGCAAGCAAAACAUUUUUGCAGCCCCUCUCUUGACACCAAAGAGUUUCUACACAAUUCUACACAUUUUGCCAUGGGGUGUAGAGAAAAUGUUGCAGUUUAAAAGCAAGUUUGCUGCAAUUCUACACAUUUUGCGGGGGAGGUAAAUUGAUCCAAAGGACUUCAAAAGGGAGCGGCCCGCCAAUUGCCAAUCCCUGGCAUAGAGGAGCUACGUCACUGCCUAUGUCGAUAAUAAGGGAGGGAAAAAUCUGGGGCUUUCCCAACAAAUCACGCGGCAGACAUGCCGGAAUGUCACGAUUCAAAACCAAGGUUUGCUGGCAAAAACAUUGCAGUACUUUUAGUUAAGGAUGCAAACGGGCCACGUGAAAUUCACUCAUUUAAAUAGAAUCUCUAUGAUCGUCAUCUUGCUAGCUACUAUUUUGUAUUUUAUUCAAGUUGAUAAAGUUGUGACGUAGGCAAUGAUGUAGUUCCUCUAUGCCAAAAGAGUCUUGAAAGCAGACCCUAGCCUAGGGUCGGGUUUUCCAGACUAAUGCACUGACGCUGCCCUGCUACUGUCCCCUAGCUGUGAGUGGUGUGCCUUUUAGUUUGUUUUACUGAAUGAAACUGAUCCCUUGGUUAAAGAUGCACUAUGCAGAAAUCUCUCUGCCAUUUCCUGGUUGCUCAAAUUCGAAUAGUUUGCCUAAUGUCAGUAUAUGUGACAAAUCAAGCAAGUUUAAUGUAUAGAAUCAUUGUACCAUGUAAACCGCACUGAGAUAUAUUUUCCAUAACCAAAAAUAGUAUAUUCAGCUGUUUGAAGCUGGUAUACAAAACACAAGUAAAAGACACAAGCGAAACUUCAGCACGGUAAGCAUAGAAAUAGGGCACAUAGAACAGAUCUACCGCUUCUUAGACUUGCUUUCAAUGAGAAUGACAGAUCUAUAAUUCACAUUUCUAUGUGAAUUUGGUUGGGGUCGCCCAAAAAGUUACAUAUUGCAGCUUUAAUGUUUGAACCACCUAAGGAACAAUAGUAUAAUUUAUAUGGAGUCCUAUUUGCACCAGACUUUGUGGUUAUAGAAAUGCUUUUCUCUAAACUGUUAUAGAAUAGUAUUUUUAUGGAAACAGAGAGCAUGUGAUGGCUGCUGUGGAACAGUAUAAAAGUUUGUGAUCAUACGCACAUUCUUAAAAAACGUAGGUGCUGGGCUAAUAAAGAAUACUUCUGAAGAACAAGAAGGCCUGUUUAUGCUCCCAAAAAAGCUCUGAAUUGGGUGCAUAAACUGUGUGUGGGCCUUCCUGUCCUUUGCUGUGGUACAGUACACAUCUGUCUGAGGAAUGUGACAAAUAAAAGUAUCACGUUACGUGACGUUACACAGCAACUGCAGAUCCAGAGCAGCCGGCAGAAGCCGCAAUUCUCCUUUUGGCAUCUGGUUACCUGCUCUAGUUACCAGAUUUCUCCUAAUAAUUUACCAUCCCCCACUGAAUGAUAGACUACAUUUCCCAGAAUUCAGUUGUAUUCCAUAGCUCAGCCAAUCAGAGUCCCAGUCUCUACUAAGUGCCCUACACAUUAUAAAGAUUAUGGCAAUAAUAUACCCUGUAUUAUCAUUUUAAUUCAGACCAUUUCUGUAUCAUGAAAUACUGUGUAUAUCAGCCCUAUGAAACUGUUAUUGCCUUAGUCUGGUCUGGAUUUGUGAGACAAUGUAUAUACAAGAUAAGUAUAUUUUUGUGUGUUUUGAAUAAUGUUUGAAAGGGAAGACAGUCCUGGUAAAAGCUGCUUGUGUUAUUUACUGUAAAAGUGUUCUGAAGGGCUUUGAUGUUGUAGGCCUCUUCUAGGCGCAUUUCAAAUGGCUAUAGUUCAAUGACACUGCCUCAGUUCACAGCAGGCUCCCGGAGUAUCUAUAUCCAGAGACAUGCUUAAAACUCAUCAAAUUGCAGGCAUUUUGUUGAAAGCCUGAAAAACAUGGUAUUGAAAUGCAUCUGCGCUUCCGCAGAAAACAGGCUUAACAACUGUAAGUAUUCAGCUGCAUGAAUAUUUUUAUAGGAGGUGAAAUUCUGCACUGCAAGAAUCAUUUUCUUAUUUCUGCAAUAGCAUAGGCUAACCGAGUGUCUCUGGGCUUACGGUUAUGUAUGAGUGUUUAUGGUUUAUUAUGAUGCGUAGCAUGACCCAUAAACUGGUCCAAGUUGCCCUCACGUUUAUCUCUAACCCUCCCUAAUGUGGGUCAAAGAUCUUACUAUGUGCUAUAAGAUAUGUGCUCAUAUGAUUGGCUGUUUGUUUUAAUAACUGUUACUGUACAGUCGUGUCCUACUGUAUGGAACUGGACUGACUCCCUCUACUGGAAGUUUGAAACUACCAUUAACUCAAAUGUUUAAAUUCAGAAGUCCCUUUACCUUGUGGCGGAUUUACCUACUGUAUAAAAGCAACGCUAACUGUGCCAAUGAAUGUCAUGCUGUUAUUUUUUUAAACAUGUUUUCCAACUUUUUAAGAUGUAUAAUUUUUGUGCAUGAUCUGAAUCUGUUGAGUUUGGAGCUGCUUUUUGAAUUCACUGUGGAAUGUGAGACUACUUACAAAAGUACACCGUGCAAAUGGAUUUAAAGCAAUUUAUGAAAAUGUAUUUUCUUGAAAACAUUUUGUGCAUGUUCUGCAGUUGCUGUUUAAGUGUGGAAUUUGUUUCCGAGAAUGUUACUUGGGGGAAUAUCCAUUUUGAUGUUAAAUAAAAUGUAAUGCGCCGUCGCAAUA